AUGUGCAACAAGGGGGCUCCACUGAAAGGUUUGAUGCUGGUGGUUCUCCUGGUGUCCAACAUGCUCCUGACAAAGGAAGGAGUGACAUCCUUGCCCAUCUGCUCCAGUGGAUCUGUCAACUGCCAAGUUUCCCUUGGGGAACUUUUUGACAGAGCAGUUAAACUUUCACACUACAUCCACUUCCUCUCUUCAGAAAUAUUCAAUGAGUUUGAUGAACGUUAUGCUCAGGGCCGGGGGUUUAUUACAAAAGCUGUUAAUGGCUGCCACACUGCCUCCUUAACAACUCCUGAAGACAAGGAGCAAGCUCAGCAGAUUCAUCACGAAGACCUAUUGAAUUUAAUACUGGCGGUGCUGCGCUCCUGGAAUGAUCCCCUGAUCCAUCUGGCCUCUGAAGUACAAAGAAUCAAAGAAGCUCCAGACACCAUCCUCUGGAAGGCUGUAGAGAUUGAAGAGCAAAGCAAGCGGCUUCUAGAAGGGAUGGAGAAAAUAGUGGGGCGGGUUAAUUCUGGUGAGAUUGGAAACGACAUUUACUCUCAGUGGGACGGCCUCCCAUCCCUGCAACUCGAUGAUGAGGACUCCAGACUCUCUGCCUUUUACAACCUGCUGCACUGCCUCCGCCGAGAUUCCCACAAGAUUGACAACUACCUCAAGGUUCUGAAGUGCCGCCUGAUCCACGACAGCAACUGUUAA